AUAAUGGGGGUCAAAAUGAAGGUGGAGAUGUUUGCAGGAUAACCACUCGAGUAGUUGACUAGGCUGGAUACAUCCGGUGCGUGCGAAAAUUUAAUCUGACGCCCUAACGCUACUCUGAGUGUGUUCCGCAUAUUCCAGCAACGUUUUGAGUUUCCAAACGGUCCCGUGUGUAGCAAAGCAGCACUCAAGAAUAUUUCCGAACGCACGAAUUGUUUGCAUCAUACUCUUCAAGCGAUCCAGCAGCCAAUCUUGCAGCGUGGCGCGUCUUCCUGCCUAAUACAGUACUGUAUUCCAGUGGGAUUUAUAAUCACGCUGCAGCGACGUACAGCACUUCUCUGUGGUGUUCUUUUUGUACUAUUUCCUUGCUUGUUUAUGCACUAUCAUUUCUGCGAACAUCCCCUGUGCCCCCUUAAAAGACUGGCAACCGGCACCAGAUAACCUGUUUCGCGUUGACUCGCAUAACAUCCCAGACGAAUGCGAGACCAGCGAAGCGUGUCUGUAUCUCUCCAACGCAAGAUCUGGGGUAUAAAACGGACUUUCAAGUCAAUUAUUUUAUGCACAAGAGAUCAACUCGCUGGAAAUCGCAAUGUUCGUACACACGUCAGUCUAUGUGCAUCAUAUAAGACUUAAUAACGUGAUUGUGUUUAGGAGAGUAGUUAUUAGAUCAGUGUUUUCACACCUUUGUUGACCUUGGCACCUAUUUUACAUUAGGAACAACCUCACAGUAAACAAUCAAACAAUAAUAUGAAGUACAGUGAUCCCUCGUUUAUCGUGGGGGUUAGGUUCUGACCACCCUCGCAAUAAGUGAAUUCCGCGAUGUAGCAUCCACGUUUUUUGUUCUUCUUUUACAGAUUUUUAAGUUGUAUGAAUCUCUCCAGUUCCACACUUAUUAAUGUUCCCAUUACUCUUAUUAACCUAUACUGUACUCAUAAACAUUUCCUUUAUGCUUAAACACUUUUUAUACUCUUAAAUAUACAUAUUAACAAUAUUUAAAAUGAAGGUACUCACCAUUAAAGUUGAUGUCGAUUGUACUGCGGCAAGACCAUUGCGGCUGUCACCAAAGAUUCAUUUAUGCCAUAAUGGCUACAGACAGCCAUAAACCUUGUGCCGGUCUGCCGUUUAUUCAACUGGUCGAGACAUUCCAUAUUUACUGCGAGAUAGCUGCUACUGCGACCAACCAGCAGGUACCUUGUUUGGGCGGCAUUGUAGGGCUUGACAUAAAGUAUUGUAACGUCUUCCAAUGAUAAACACAGAGACGUCAGUCUAUUUAUCUCACAUUUAUCGAUAACAUAACAAAACACGGUUACCAUGAGAUGUACACUGUCAACAAUCUCUCCGUUUGCCCACAGGCACGCAGAACCAAUUUGCUCAGAGACACUCAGAAUUAUCAGCGCUCAGCACAACUGAGCAUUUGUACUGUCCUCUACUGUACAGGUGUUUUAUUCCUUGUAAUCUGUGUUUCAAUACAUUGUCAUUUGUUUUUUUCCCCCCAUGAUUUAGCUAAAAAAAUGCUUAGUUUACCACGACAAUUAAAAAAAUAUGUAAUUAUCAGCAAUAUGAAUAGGAUUUUAAAAAUCCGUGAUGCACUGAAUCCGCAAUAGGUGAACCGCGAUAUCGCGAGGGAGCACUGUAUAAACACCAGAGCUGCCAAAUGUUACGGAACGUCCAUAUUUUGUUAGUCACUGAACGUUGACUCGUUACGGCCGUAACAAUGAUUGUUCUGGAUAUUGGCAAAAUAAAAAUCCAGCGUCUGACAUUACCGUCACAUCCACAUUGAACAGCUGUUUGAUGCACGUUAUUUUAUUACGCCCCCCGGCUGCAAAGCCGUGAAGACGAAUGUUCUCCUUGAUUCUGGUGUAAACGCAUUGUAAGACACUGAUCAUCUCCUUCGUGGUAGUGGAUAAGCUCCACUUCUAACCAGAGGUGUGGACUUGAGUCACAUCAGAAUUAGAUCAUCUGUAUUUGCCAAGUAUGUCAAAAAGGAAUUUGUCUACGGUAGUUGGAACUGCUCUAGUACGACAACAGAUUGACAGAGAAUACUUUUGAGACAUAAAAUCUUUUGACAAUUGUGCAAAAUUAUGCCAAGUCCUCUAGCAAUUUAGAGCAGUUUGAAAUGACUAUUAGAACAAUAGUCUGGUGCAGUGACCGUUGUGCAAAUGGCGCAGACUUCAAGAAAUGUAUGCAGUUGAAAGGGACUAGUAGUGCGAUAAUCUGGAACAAUGUCAAUUGUGCAAAUGGUGCAGAUACUUCUCAAGCACAUGAGUGGCCAGUAGGGUUGGGCAUCGAGAAUCGAGAACCGAUUGGAACCGGGACUAACGUUGCGGUUCUCCCGGAACCGUUCGAAAUUAAAAAAAUUCGGUUCCCAGUUUUGAUGCCUAGUCCUCCAGCUGUGAAGAAGAGGGGAAAAACAACAAAGUGGUGUAAACCAACGCAGAAGAACGUGCACGACGAUGAUGUGGUUGUGCCCAAAACAAAAGUGUCUCCUCACUGCAACACUUGGAAUAAGAUUACAUUGUGCAAAGGAGGCUUUCAGGAUGUGUAGCAUCUGACGUGCUCUGAGGCUCAGGCUACACCGCGCGGAGCUUCAUUGAAGUCAACUCUCAGUCAACUAGGCGGAUUACCAAGACUUUGACGACCCUUUUGAUCCUAAAGGAAUUCCAGAAGUUUGACCUAAAAGUCCCGCAAUUGUAUGCAGCUUCAAUGCUUAAGUAUGUGGCCCACGGAUGCCACGAUCCAGAGUCUUCAGCGGAUUUUUUACUCACUGACAUUUUAACAAAAGAACAUUUGAAAAGUGUUACAAAAUCUAAAGGAGAAUCAGAAGUGUGUGGUCCUGCAAAGAUGUUUUCUUUAAAAGCCUGCUCACCUGUCUGUGUCAAUUUCUUUCCUAAAUAAGUAACCUGACAAGUAACUCAUGAGCAACUCUGCAAGACGCCCGAUAACGUCGACAUGAGUAGUACUUUAGGCAAAGAAAAAGAUUCAAAAGAAAAGGACCCUAAAAGUGGUUCAGGAGGCAAAGAAAGGGAAAAGGAGGCCAAGGCUCUGGCAGGCCUAGCCAAGGAUGGGGGCAAAGAAACCAAGACCAAAGGGAAAGAAACCAAAGAAGGAAAGAAGGACACCAGCAGCUCAACACCGGGUGUUGCCUUCUCCGUUGACAAUACGAUAAAGCGGCCAAACCCAGCACCAGGUACACGCAAGAAGUCCAGCAAUGCCGAGGUGAUUAAGGAGCUUAACAAGUGCCGGGAGGAAAAUUCCAUGAGACUAGAUCUCUCGAAACGGUCUAUUCACAUGCUGCCCACCUCCAUCAAGGAGCUGACACAGCUGUCUGAACUCUACCUAUACAGCAACAAGUUGCAGAGCCUACCACCUGAAGUGGGUUGCCUCUCAGGCCUGCUCACUUUGGCCUUGAGCGAAAACUCCUUAACCAGCUUGCCCGACUCACUGGACUCCCUCAAGAAGCUUCACAUGCUUGAUCUCCGGCACAACAAGCUGAGGGAGAUCCCGCCAGUAGUCUAUCGAUUGACAUCGCUGGCCACGCUCUACCUACGCUUCAACCGCAUCACCACAGUGGAGAAAGACAUCCGGAACCUUUCCAAGCUCAAAAUGCUCAGCAUCCGGGAGAACAAGAUAAAGCAGCUUCCCGCAGAGAUAGGGGAACUUCGCAUCCUCAUUACUCUGGAUGUUGCCCAUAAUCAGUUGGAGCACUUACCGAAGGAGAUUGGGAAUUGCACACAAAUAACCAACCUAGACUUGCAGCACAAUGAGCUUUUAGACCUCCCAGAGACUAUAGGAAACCUUGCCAGCAUAAACCGCUUGGGUCUGAGAUACAAUAGAUUGUCAGCAAUCCCCAGAUCAUUAGCCAAAUGUCGAGAACUGGAAGAGCUAAAUCUUGAAAACAAUAACAUUUCAGUGUUACCAGAGGGCCUGCUGUCAAGUUUGGUCAACCUGACCAGCCUGACACUAGCAAGGAACUGCUUCCAGUCAUACCCUGUGGGUGGACCAUCCCAGUUCUCAACCAUCUACUCGCUCAAUAUGGAGCACAACCGCAUAAACAAGAUCCCUUUUGGAAUCUUCUUCAGGGCCAAAGUUUUAAGCAAGCUUAACAUGAAGGACAACCAGUUAACUUCUCUGCCCUUGGACUUUGGCACAUGGACCAGCAUGGUGGAGCUUAACCUAGCCACCAAUCAGCUGACGAAAAUCCCAGAAGAUGUCUGCGGUCUGGUGUCUCUUGAGGUGUUAAUAUUGUCCAAUAAUCUUCUGAAAAAGUUACCGCAUGGUAUCGGCAAUUUGAGAAAGCUUCGGGAGCUUGACUUGGAGGAAAACAAGUUGGAAUGUCUCCCCAAUGAAAUAGCAUAUCUCAAGGAUUUACAGAAAUUGGUGUUGACAAAUAACCAGCUGACAACGUUACCCAGAGGCAUUGGCCACCUCACCAACUUGACUCAUCUGGGUUUGGGGGAGAACCUGCUGCAACAUCUUCCGGAGGAGAUUGGCACACUGGAGAACCUGGAGGAAUUGUACCUCAAUGACAACCCCAACCUACACAGCCUGCCCUUUGAGCUGGCCCUGUGCAGCAAGCUGUCCAUCAUGAGCAUUGAAAACUGUCCCCUCAGCCACCUGCCGCCCCAGAUUGUGGUCGGGGGGCCCUCCUUCAUCAUCCAGUUCCUCAAGAUGCAGGGACCUUACCGUGCUAUGGUCUGAGGAAGAGCCCACCCUCAUGCCUGCUUGCCCAUCCCAUUCUGUGUAUCAUCCACUGUAAAGAAGUCAGCCACCUCCUACCAUCAGUGUCGGGGACUAAGCGGAGGAGAUGGAGGGAAAAGAGAAUAUUUCUCUCUCCGUCGUUGAGGCAGACGCAUUGGAGUCUCUGCAUUGCUCCACUUCAUUACGGUCAUUCACAGACCCCUGUCACCCACGCUCAUCUUCCCAUAUCGGAUCGUACAGGAGGAAAAUAUUCCAAUCUUUUUGCCAAAACUGAAGACAUGAAUUUCUAUAUUGAGUAACUGUGACUAAGUGGCAAGUCUUUUAAUCAUAUAAACCGUGCUCCCAUUGCCAAUGUAUUUACAGUAAUUACAAGCAUCUGCUAUGUGAGCGAGGAUACAGCUAUAUGCAAAAACAAACAAAACAAGUCUUUGGAUCGUCACAUUUACUGCUGCUGCCAUAAUUUAAAGGCGUCAUUCUUCUUUUGAUGUUUUCACUUUUGACAUAAACCUCGCUCUUUUGAAAUGUUAAUUGCUUCUUGACCACAGAGAACAAAGGUCUAAUGAUGGUGUGUUUAUACUUUUUUUGUACUUUCUUUUUGUUUGUUUUCUUGUUUUUCUUUUUUUUUUUUUUUUUACAAUUUUUAAAUCUUUUUUUUUUUUUUUUUUUUUUUUUUUUUUUAAACUGUGCCUAUGUUUAGAGUGAUCCAGUGGUUCAUUUCUAAACACUAUUGUCCAUGAGAAUACAAAGACAUAAAUUAUUUCAAAAUUUUCUUAUUACUGCUGUUUUUACUUUUGUGUUGCUGUUGGAUGAAUCUAUUUCAGUGCUAUUAGUAGUUAUGAAAUAGGGCAAUUGGAUUUUUUUUUUUUUUUUUUUUUUUUUUAAAGAAAUAGCAGCAGUAGUUCUCAAAUGUAAAGCUAGUAAUGUAUACGUAUGAAAAAUACCAAUCAAAAAAAAGCAAGUUGGACUUUUUUUCAGUGUGGGUGGUGCCAUGUGACCCCACCCCCAUCUGUUGUGUGAUAAAAAGAAACGUAGGUGAUGGGAUAAAUGACCGAUGUUUUUAUAUAAUGUAUACAAAUCCUGGUUGUUGCCUUGAGUGUAAUUUUAGUUCUGUUUACUUGUUUGAUAUUCUCUUCAGUGUUGGGCUGCAUAGCUGUCAUCCACUUGAUCAUUGACCAACAUAUCAAACAUUUUUAAAGGACUUCACUUGGCGAGUGUUUCAGAGCCUCAAAAAAAGGUUUGAUAAUAAAACAUUGGCAGGUAAUCCCUUGACACCUUUUUUAAAUAUUAAUGUCCUUAAUUUGUCUCUUAAAUAAAGUUCCCAUCUAAUUUAAUUUGUUUUUAAUAUGAUAUUUUGUCCCACACUGUCCCAGUAAUGCUGCUGCUCUUAUGCACUUUUUUGGAAUAAAAACAUUGGCAUCCUCUGUUCAACACAAACACAGUAGCCUCUCAUCGUUUAUUUUUCAAUGGAGGCAUUUUCUUUCAUAAAGUAAUUGAUCUGUAAGCUUAUCUUGUAAGUUUGCAUCACUUGGAAAGAAAUUAGUUUUCCAGGCUUAGAGUAGGAAUUGACUUUCUUUUGAGGAGGUUUUAUCCUGUCAUUGUUAAGCGAAACUUACUCUCUUGAACAAUAAAAGUUUGCAUAUCCUGCUUCUUUCUUCAUGGCAAGUGAAAUGACUUGUUCUGCUCAGCGUUUUUGUUUUAUAUCAUUGAAUGUUUUUUUUUUCUAAAUGUGUAUUCACUUAGUAUUAUUUUGAGUGACUGUACAUUAAAAGUACCACAAUUGUAA